CUCCACUUUCUUUUUAUCUACUGCUUUAAGUGGUAGUAAUUAGUAAACCCCAUCCCUCCACUCUUCGUUGGCCCUACUCUCUCUAAUGGAUUUUCUUUGUUCUUCCAAAUGGUCUCGUCUCUUCGUCUUUGUUUGGGUGAUCGUACAGUACAUUCAGCAUUCACAUGCAGAACUCCCCGGCACGUGGGAGCUUCUGGUACCUGACGCAGGUAUAUCCUCUAUGCACACAUCUGUAACCCGCUUCAACACGGUGGUUCUUUUAGACCGGACCAACAUCGGACCAUCACGCAAAAUGCUACCCAAAGGCCGCUGUCGUUUUGACAAAGACGACCCCAUUCUUAAACGCGAUUGCUAUGCUCACUCUGCCGUUCUCGAUCUUCAAACCAACCGAAUUCGCCCCUUAAUGAUCCUCACCGACACUUGGUGCUCAUCCGGUCAGUUUCUACCCGACGGAACUCUGUUACAAACCGGUGGCGAUUUGGACGGGGUAAAAAAGAUCCGGAAGUUCAGCCCGUGUGAAGCAAACGGGCUGUGUGAUUGGGUGGAACUGCAGGACGUUGAGUUAGUUCAUGGUAGGUGGUACGCUACAAACCAAAUAUUACCGGACGGUACGGUGAUAGUUGUUGGAGGUAAAGGAAGUAAUACUGUAGAGUAUUAUCCGCCGAGAAAAGGCGCUGUUUUCUUUCCGUUUCUCGCUGACGUGGAGGAUAAUCAGAUGGAUAAUUUGUACCCUUACGUUCAUCUUCUUCCCAACAGUCACCUUUUUAUCUUCGCCAACAACAAGGCAGUCCUGUACGAUCACGAGACUAAUAAAAUAAUAAAAAAUUAUCCACCGUUAGACGGUGGCCCACGAAAUUAUCCAUCGGCGGGAUCCUCUGCGAUGUUGGCUCUCGAAGGAGACUUCUCGACGGCUGUGAUUGUCAUCUGUGGCGGGGCCCAGUAUGGCGCAUUUAUUGAGAGAAGCACCGACACCCCUGCGCACGGUAGUUGUGGGCGAAUAAUUGCCACGUCGGAUGAACCGGGUUGGGAAAUGGAGGAUAUGCCAUUCGGGCGGAUCAUGGGUGAUAUGGUAAUGCUUCCAACCGGGGAGGUUUUGAUCAUAAAUGGAGCUCAAGCUGGGACUCAAGGGUUUGAAAUGGCAUCCAAUCCAUGUUUGUUUCCGCUUCUUUAUCGACCCGACCAACCACAUGGAUUACGGUUCAUGACUUUGAACCCGGGUACCGUGCCCAGAUUGUACCACUCUACUGCUAACUUGGUACCGGACGGGCGGGUAUUAAUAGCUGGAAGUAACCCACAUUAUUUCUAUAAAUUUAAUGCGGAGUUUCCAACAGAAUUGCGAAUCGAAGCAUUUUCGCCCGAGUAUUUAUCACCGGAUCGGGCAAAUAUCCGACCCGUAAUUGAGGAAAUUCCCGAAACGGUACGUUAUGGUGAGGCUUUUAAUGUGUUUGUAUCGGUUCCGUUGCCAGUGGUGGGGAUUCUGGAGGUCAAUUUGGGAAAUCCACCUUUUUCAACGCAUUCAUUUUCACAAGGCCAAAGAUUAGUCAAACUGACCGUUACUCCAUCUGUACCGGAUGAAAGUGGGAGGUAUAGGGUGGGGUGCACAGCGCCUCCGAACGGGGCAGUUGCUCCCCCUGGUUAUUACAUGGCUUUUGUAGUGAAUCAGGGCGUGCCAAGUGUGGCACGAUGGGUACAUUUAGUGGGUUAAAAUUUAUUAAUUUCGUAUUAAUAAAGAAGGAAUUAAAGAGUAAAUAGAAGCUUCAUAGGUGUGUAAGUGUUGAUAAGGGUAUCUCUUAUGAGAAUGGUUUAUCGUUUUUU